AUGACCUAUGAAGGUAGGAGAUUAAUUUCUAAAUUGAUUAGAGAAGGCAUAAAUCUUGAAGAGCUGUUGAGGAUGGUGUCAUCAGUGACAGGAGUUGAAAGUGGUGCAUCUGACUUAAAAUUUACAGUGAAGUUUAGUGAAGACACAUACAUAGAUUUGUUAGACGAUGAGGGAGUACAACAUUUGAUAAAGUAUAAUGAUGAGUCAGCACAUGUGUAUGUUGAGACAAAUGAUAGUGAAAUAAAUGGAGCAAUGGAUAACUUGAUGGAGAUGGAGAAUUUGUUAACAUGGUCACUACCAGGAUCUCCCUGUAGGCAAGAGCUUGAAAGUAUAUCACCCUCUUUGCCAUGUUCAACACAAAAUGCUCUUGCACUACUACCUGAGGUUAAUUCGGUAAAAUGGAAGGAUUUAUUUAUGGGUGUUGGCCAGACAUUUGAUGAUGCAAUUGUAUUCAAAAAAGCACUAUAUAAAUACAGCCUUGCUCAUAGGUUUGGUUACAUAUUUGUGAGAAACAGCCCUAAGAAGAUGAUUGUCAAAUGCAAUAUUGAUGGUUGUAAAUGGAAGAUAUCAGCUUAUGCUCUUGGGAAGACAACCUCUAUAUUGUGUGUGAAAAAAUUCCACAAUGAACACAUGCACUCUGCUCAAGACAACCUCCUAUUAAAGCAAAAGGCUAACUCAAGAUUGACAUCAUCAAUCAUCAUUGAUGCUGUGAGGGGGAAUAUGGAGAAAACGUCAAAUGAGAUUAGACAAGACCUCUACAAAGAGUAUGGGUUAAAUCUCACAUAUCGACAAGCUUUGAAGGGAAAAGAUAGAGCAUUGGAGGAAAUACAUGGGCUUCCACAGCAGUCAUACAUGUUGAUUCCAUGGCUUUGUGAGAAAUUGAAGGAGACGGACCCAGACACAGUUGUAAAGUGGGUUGCCUCGACAAAUUAUAGAUUUGAUAGACUUUUUAUUGCAUAUGGAUGCUGCAUCAAAGGGUUUCUCCAAGGUGCUCGUCCAAUUUUGUUUAUCGAUGGAAGUCAUUUAAGCGGUCCAUAUAAGGGGACUUUGCUAGCAGCUUCUGCAAUUGAUGCAAAUAAUGACUUAUUUCCUUUGGCUUAUGCAAUAGUGGUGCGUGCAAUAUUUGAUGGCAAUCGACAUGCUUUUUGUUAUCGUCAUGUCAAAGAAAAUUACAGCUCAGAAUUUACAAAAAUUAAUAGAGGCAUGCGAAGGAUUGAUGGGAUGACCAAGGAAGAUGCACUUAAGUUGUUGGAUAAUAUUGCAUAUGCAAGGUUGGAAACAGAAUUUCAUGUUGCUAUGGGUCAUUUGAUGGUUUUCUCCCCACAGUUGGCAAGAUGGUUAGAAAUAAAUGGGGACAUAAAUCGUUGGGCGUUAGCAAGAUUUUCAUACAAAAGAUGGGACAAUAUAACAUCAAACCAUGCUGAAUCUUUCAAUGCUUGGUUAGUGAAAGAGAGAAAACAUCAUAUAUGUGCGAUGAUAAAUAAGCACCGAGCAAAAUUAGCGAGGAAGCUAUACAAUAGCAAAAUAGAAAUGGCGAAUUGGUCAAACGGAGUUGGACCACGUGUUGAGGCAAAAUUGAGGGAGAAUGUAUUGAGAGCUGAAGUUAUGGUGGCUGAACAUUAUAGUGUGAAUAUGAUACUAGUGAAGGGUAAUGUGUAUUCAUAUGUUGAAGAAUGCUACACUAUUCGUGCACAAGAAAAAAUUUACAGCUCCACAAUGAUUCCAGUGGAAACCAUUGACAUGCCUCAGUUGACCGAGCUACAUUAUGAAGAUUAUGAAAAGAAUACCUUUUUGGAACCACCACUGACUACACGUCCCCCAGGGCGACCACCUACCAAGCAAAGAGAGUCACAGUUUCAGAAUAAAAAAGUGUAUCAUUGCUCAAGAUGUAAUCAAGCUGGACAUACCAAGAAUAGAUGUAGGAAUCCCAAUCUAAUGUAG